AUGCAUACGUUGGAUUGGAAAUUAGAUUGCUGGACAAAUUACUUGGAGAACAAUUCUCUUCUGCAGCCUCUGUGGGACAACCUCAGGCUAAACUACAGCGGCUAUUUAAGAUCUCCGCUUUUCCCCGUUAUACUGACCAGCCCUUCCUAUUUUGUCUUCUGCCUUCCCUUCCUCAUCUGUGACAUUAUGGGGGAAAAGUGGCCGUGGCUCCUGCGGCACAAGAUCCAACCCGGCCGUCGGCCAGCAGCCUCUGCUUUGUUGCACUGUGGGAGAGUCACCUUGUACAACCACGUCUUUCUUGUGCUUCCAGCGUCGGUGGCCCAGUGGGCCUGGCGGCCGCCUGUGGACCUUCCUGACCGGGCUCCAUCGCUCCUGGACCUACUUGCUGGCGUGACGGGCAACCUUCUGCUCUUUGACUUCCAGUACUUCAUUUGGCACCUGCUCCACCACAGAGUCCGCUGGCUGUACGUCACCUUCCACGCCAUCCACCAUAAAUACCCGUCUCCCUUUGCUCUGGCCACCCAGUGCCUGGGGGGCUGGGAGCUGGUCACGGUGGGCAUCUGGACCACUCUGAAUCCCGUCGUCCUCAGGUGCCAUCUGCUCACCACGUGGGCCUUCAUGGUGUCGCAUGUGUAUGUUUCCGUGGAGGAUCACUGCGGGUAUGAUUUUCCCUGGUCCACAUCCCGCCUGGUACCAUUUGGCCUCUACGGAGGCCCGAGUAAACAUGACGUGCACCAUCAGAGACCCAACACUAACUUUGCUCCACACUUCAGUCACUGGGACAAAAUCUGUGGUACGCACGCCGACUUCUGCGUCCCCGCUGCCAGAAAUGCCGAUUCACUUGACAGCACUUAG